AUGUAUAAACACAAAAAUAAGACUGGUAAAAGUUCAGAAAAUGCCCAGAGACCAGGGUCAGAAGCCAGCACCAAGAGUGAUCAAACAUCAGAGGAUGGUUUAGCAGAACCAACUUCUCAUCCUCAACAAAGUUCUAGAAGUGAUUCUACACACAUUAGAAAAAGCUACUCAAGAAGAAAGGCUGCUCCUACUGCUCAAGUGCAGGAUGAAGCACUCAGUGCAUCAUCAGCCAAGAACUCAUCCUUGACACAAGAAAGUAACCCAAGCAAGAGCAGCCAUCUUAGUGCUCAGGAGGAUGCUGGAACUUCUCUUGGCGUUUCCAAAGUUAAAGUUCCACCUCAGCCGUUACCCGCUGCUUCUGUCCUUCCGACAGGGGAUAGAAAAAGCGCACCAUCACCCCAAUCCCAAACUGCCCCUUCUGCAGCUCCACCACCACCCCCCAGUGUCCCUCCCCCAGCUCCUCCCCCAGCUCCACCACCACCCCCCAGUGUCCCUCCCCCAGCUCCUCCCCCAGCUCCACCACCUCCCCCCAGUGUCCCUCCCCCAGCUCCACCACCGUCCGUCCCAGGUCCCCCUCCUCCCAUACCUCAAUCAAAUAGUGUUCCCAAAGCUGAUAAUAAAAAUAAAGUAUCACCUCUGGUGAAUGCAUUGCUGGCUAGGCCUCCUCAAGAAUAUGGAGCUGGAAGAGUUGUGCCACUUCAAACUGAUCUGUUGAAUCAGAAGCGCCAGCUGAAGAAGGUAGACCGCAAGGCAGAAUAUAAUCCAACAUCUCUGGCAAGAAAAGAGCUGUUUGAGGAUGAAUAUGAGAGGACUCUUGACCUUCCUCCAGAAUACCUUCCUCUUCAUGUUGUGAAGCCCGCUAUUGUGUCCCAGAAUGUGGCAGCGGAUUUGGUCACCCUCAACUUUAAUGGAAUCGAUCAGCUCACAGAUGUGCUGUUCAGUCUGUUGAUUGAAGGACACUCUACUUCAGUCAAUAGAUUUGCGAAUCUGAAAAAAUUGAUGCUGAAUGGCUGCAUCAAUGUGACGGACAGAGCCUUUGUUUGGAUUACAAGGCUUUUCCCUAAUCUCAUGAUGUUGGAGUGCAACGGCCUGAAGAAUGUGACAGAGAAAGGCAUACAUCUGGCUUUUUCCCAGCUGUCAAGUCUGCAGAAUGUAUCUGUGAUGGCUUGUGGAAUUUCGUGUAUUCCCGAUUCUAUAGUGGACUGUGCGGUACCCAGAGGAGCAAUUCAAUGGGCUGGUUGUCCGAUGAUCUCUCAGGGCAAAACAUACAUGACAACUUUCCACGGUAAAUAUUGAAGGGUUGCAAGUCUUGAAAAUAAGGAGACUCUUAGGGUUCUAAAAUGGAACAAAACA